AUGGACCAAGAAGGAGGAACGCACCUUGGUGCAGCAGUGGGGCCGACCGAUCAGGCCGAAUAUCUUAAGCAGCGAGCCUCAGUUUCGAAGGCAGCAUCACAGGCGCACAGCGAGACGGUCCUGGGGGAGCUGCAGCGGCCGAUGGAAGAUUUAGGGGUGAGCAGCGAGAGCGGCAUGUGCAAUCCUAUCCCCAUCCCCCAGGCGGACACGGUCAAGGACGAGCUGGACUACUCGUCGCCGUCGUCGGGGUCGUCGAAGCUGGUGAGCUUUCAAAACUCAGGCGUGUCCGUUGAGGACCGCACGCGGACGCUGCACUUUUCGUUGGGCAACGGGGCCAACAACAAGCGGUCGAGCAUCUACGAGUCGAAGUCGACCGUGACUGCGAUACCCAUCCGGACGCCCAAGACGCAUGAGUUUGAUGACAUUGCGUCGACAAAGAGCGUUUCCUCGUCGCUGACAGCGUCCUUUUCGCGCAACUUUCUGUAUGGCUUCUACAAUACGAAGAAGGGCCAGCCACGGAACCGUGCUAUAUUGUCGAAGGAUUACUGGAUGAAGGACGAAAGCGCCAAGGAGUGUUUUGCGUGCACAAAGACUUUUAAUACCUUUCGGAGGAAGCACCACUGCCGUAUUUGCGGCCAGAUAUUCUGCAGUAAUUGCACGUUUUUGGUCCAUGGGGACCGGUUCGGCUAUAGCGGCAAAAUGCGCAUUUGCAAUGGCUGCUCCGAGCAUGCAAACAACUAUGAGGACUCCAGUGACGAAUCUUCCGUGGAUGAGACGUCUCACGUCGAUCAAGUGAGCACCACACACAUUGAUCCCGUGAACGCUCUGCAUGAUGACGACAUGCAGAGUAUCCUGACCACUGGGGAGGAUCCGCGUUUUCUGAUUACGCCGACGCCGCCGCCGAAGAUGGCUAUUCCCGCUACGAGACAGGGUGAGUCUCUAGAGAUCUCGUUUCCCUCCGCGUCUGGUACUAACCAUCACUAUCCACAUUUCUCCUACUAUCAUUCCAACCAUCACGGCCAUAAUCACCAAGAAAACAUGCACCGGCAGAGGCGAUCUAACAGAGACCGAUACUCUCUGCGCGAUGUUGAUAUUUUAUCUCCUAUCACCCAAGAGUCGAACAGCACCUUGCUGCAAAGCAGUGCACAGCGCUCUAAUAGCAACAUUAGGAGUUUACAAUUGGGGAACUUGCGCCAGUCACUUACGAGCUAUAUUAAUGGACAUAAUAAUUCUGCAUACGCUCCACUUUUACCGAAGCAACAGACGCAAGCUCCCAACAGCAUAAUAGGCAAUGGAGGGCACUCUACUUUUAAAUUUGAGUUUAACUAUGGUAACGAUGCGCCAAGUGCGCCAAAACCUGCUGUCCAUUUCCAAACAUCCCCCUCCGGGACGAUGCUAUCUCCAGAUCCGCACGAUCAGCCUGAUGAUAAUUGUUCUGAGGAUGAAGGCUCGAUGUCCCUGUACUGUUCCUUGAACGAGCCCAGAGCUUCUCACCAAAACCCAAUCAGAUCACUGCGAAAUACCUCAAAGUCAUCCCAGCGUGCGCAGGCGUCACUACAAAGAAUGAGGUCGCGGAGGAAAAGCAGGAGCAAGUCUAUCUCAGUAUACAACACAGGUGGCAAAGACACUUCCAUUCUAAAUUACAGCGCACCCAACCUUCUCUCAGUUGUUAGUUCAGACACAGAAUUAUGUUCUCGAACGAAGGACGUAUCUAAUCUAUUGAGGCCUAGACUUUGGAAUGAGGUUUUAUCGAGCAGAGACCUACGGAGAGUAAUUUCGAGUUCAUCGGCAUUCAGACUAGUUUCCAGAGAGGGUAAAUCAGACCUCAACGAAGUUUCCGCGCUACAUAUAGAUGCAUUGCUCAAACAGGUUUUGAAUGAUCAAGAAUUACCAACCUUGAGUGAAUGGGAAAAGAUUUUCCAGCCAUUCUUGUUGAAAGUACAGGCCGUUCACCUAGACGCCAGAAAGCUUGAUGACCUUGAUUUUAAACAGCAUUACCUAAAAAUUAAAAGAAUUGCCGGUGGUAAAAUACACGAUUCUUGCCUACUUCAUGGAAUUGUCUAUUCGAAGGGGCUUCCCCUAAAAUCCAUGCCUCGAGAGUUGCAUAACCCUCGCAUAUUAUUGAUAAUGUUUCCCUUAGAAUACCAAAAAAGUGAAAAUCAGUUGCUCAGCUUGGUUUCUGUCAUGGCCCAGGAGAAAGAGUACUUGAAUAAAUUAGUCUCCAGAUUGACUUCUCUUAACCCGGACAUAAUAUUUGUUGGAGCCAACGUUAGCGGUUAUGCAUUGAAGAUCCUGAAUGAUUUGGGUAUUGUGGUUCAGUAUAAUGUUAAGCCUCAGGUCAUCGAACGUAUUGCGAAACUCACAGAAUCAGAUAUUGCGAUCUCAGUUGAUAAGUUAGCAACAAAUAUUAAAUUGGGAACCUGCGAAAAAUUCGAAGUUCAGUCUUUUAUCUAUCAGAAUUUAAGCAAAACUUACUCAUUUUUGACUGGAUGUAAACCAUCUUUGGGUGCAACGAUAGUGUUAAGAGGAGAGGAUAAUUUGACAUUGAGGAAAAUAAAAGAUGUCACUGAGUUCAUGGUCUACAGCGUUUUCUGUCUCCGUUUAGAAAGCUCUUUCUUUAAUGAUAACUUCUUGCAAUUGUCGACGGCGGUUUAUAAGGAUAGAGAGGCUAAGCGGAGGAAUGUCGUAGCGACUGGUUAUUUUGCGAAUUUUAUGGACAAAUAUAACGCUAGAAUAUUUUCUGUUUCGCCUACAGUUGAAUUUCCUGAACCAUACCUACUGAGGAAGGCCAGGGAACUGGAAGCAAAGUUAAACCAGAAAUUGGAGGAAUUGAAGCAACUUGAACAGUCCAAUAAUCCAAAAAACCUUGCUAUUGGUCUCCAUAUAGAAGGUUUGAACGCACAGUUACUCAGACCACAGGAUUAUAGCUACCUGAUCAAAUUUAUACAGGAGAAGGAGAUAGAAGACUUGCAGUUGAAAUUCCAACGUCGUAAACGCCAAUGGGAGGUCUCAUACUCCUCAUCCCAAAAUCUAUUGGGCACGGGUUCUCAUCAAAACAUUACCGUUUUGUACUCAGUUAUCUCUACAAAAACAGCAACUCCUUGUAUUGGGCCGCAAUUGGUGACUAUUGAUUAUUUUUGGGAUAAUGACGUGUCGAUGGGUCAGUUUAUAGAGAAUGUCGUUGCUACAGCUUACAAGCCAUGUGGACAUAGUUGUGGUGGAUUGAUGCUAGACCACUACAGAAGUUACGUGCAUGGAAACGGAAAGGUCGAUGUCUUGAUUGAAAAAUUCCAAAGUAAGAUUCCCCUAAUUCAAAAUAUUAUCUUUUCUUGGAGCUAUUGCAAGAAAUGCGGUAAUACGACACCGACAAUUCAAAUGAGUGACAGAACUUGGAACUAUUCUUUGGGGAAAUAUUUAGAGCUACUGUUUUGGAAUACGCGAGACGGAUUACUGGGUAUAGGAAGCUGUUCUCAUGACUUCUCGAAGGAUCAUAUAAGAUACUUUAGGUUGAAUGAUUCAAUAGUUCGGAUGGAGUAUUCUGAUAUUGAAGUUCACGAACUAAUAACACCUUGUCCGAAAAUCACUUGGAGGCCGCAUAUGGAUAUCAAGUUGAAGAUAGAAUCAUAUUAUCUAAUCCUGGACAAGAUCAAUGCCUUUUAUUUUAGCGUCAUCGAUCGGUUAGAUAGAGUGAAGCUAGACAGUCUUCCCGAAGAUAGGAUGCAAAGUGGACAAGCCAAGAUAUCUGAACUAAAAGCGAAAGCAGAGGAUGAGAAGAAACAGUUAAUCCAGUAUGUGGACAUUAUUUAUAGAGACACUCCGGGCGACAAACACCUUCAUAUGAACGCCACCAUCAGAGCUUUGCAUAAUAACGCGGCUGGAUGGGAUGCCGACUUCUCUGAAUUUGAAAAGAAGUUCUUGCCCACAGACAAAGAUAUUGCGCGCGUCACAGCUUUGCAGUUGAAGAAACUGUUUGUCGAUUCAAAACGUGAGGAAAAGCCCACUACAGAUGCUGAUAAAUACAAAGAUUCUAAUAUAGAAGGUAUACCGGAAGAAUUCUCUUCAGAUGGCCUGGAUCAAGAUGCUUCAGUGGAACAAUCCCAAUUGCAGGAUAUGCCGGAAGUAAAAAUGGGUGAUAGUACUAAGCCAAGCGCCAGCAAUUCUGCUAAAUCCCAUGUCUUGCAAAGAUCUCGAGGCUCACAGGGUUCACAACUAUCUACGCAUUCUCAAAGUUCUCAAAGUUCUCAUAAUUCCUCACGAAGUUUACAGCUUACAGAAGGAUCACAGUUAUCCAGAAAUUCUAGAGGUUCCCAGGGUUCUAAGGGUUCUCUGGCCUCUAAAGGUUCACAGCCCAUGUUAAAUGUUGAACCGUUAGAUCCCGAAUACCUAAAGAGAACUUCAAAAGAACACUAUCAUGUAUCCACGUUAGAGCCCUUGAAACAGACACUGAAAGAUGAGCGUAAGAAAUCUCGCGUUUUGGAUGAGGCUUAUAAAUUCGAGGAACUUAUCCGCCAGACUAGUGAAACUCAAGUCCCUAGAUGUCCAUUUGCGGGCUCACAGACAGCGCCCGUUCUGAGAACUAUUGGCACAACGGUACCCUCACCUGAGGAAUAUGGAAAUACGAAUAGUAGUACCAAAGCUGAGACAGCACAUAAAGAUAUACGGCCUGCUUUAAAAGACCUGAGAAAGCUGAGUAUGAGUAGUAAUAACAGUUCAAUUACUCAGAGAAGUAAGGACUUUCCAACUGACGGUAAGGUUGGGCAACUAGCUAGCUUUUUUGAUCAGAUUCACUUUGAUGCGCUAUCAAAAGAAUUCGAACUACAACGCGAGAUGGAAAGACUUCAGAUGAACAAAAAUAAAUAUAAAGCUAUGCGAGUAAAGUCUUCUAAGCCUAUUGUAGAGGUGUACAAAAACGUUAAGGAUGCCGUUGAUGGGCCCAUGAAGGAAGAAACAAGGAAUUCUACAAAGAUGAGCGUUGGCAAUAAUACUAUUUUAAACCAUCAUGCAACGCAACCAUUUCAAAAUGAUCUGGGGACUACAUCGCCGGAAGCUGUAAUCACAGAGAUGCCCUUGAGAAAGGGUCUAGAAACAGAAUUAGAAAACUCUAUUCACUUAUGGUCGGAAAGCAUAUUACAUGCAAACAAGCAAAAGGAUACAAAAUCCACUGAACUAUUAUCCGGAAGUAAUAAAAAUACCCAAAAUGAACCUUUGCCUCCCGUCACAACAACUGCCACGGUGAAUAUGGAUAAUUCAUCGGUUCCCGCUCCUUCGGAAAAGCUAUCAUUAAUGAAAACACUGGCAAACUUCUGGGCUGAUAGGUCUUCUACAUCUUGGAAGCCUCUCGAGUACCCUACAACCCAGAGUGAGCACAUAUUUAUGGAUAAUGCCGUUAUAAUUAGAGAAGACGAGCCAAGUUCACUGAUAGCUUUCUGCUUAAGUUGCUCCGAUUAUGUGAAGAAGAUAAAUAAUAUGAGAAGUUUUGGUCCAGGGCGUCCAGAUUCGGAGAUUUGCAACAUGAAGCAGAAAAAAGGACUGGAAAAUGAAUCACGCAGGUCGUUUACAGAGAGUUUAGAUGAAGCUCCAGAUACCGAGUCGGCAUCACCGGCAAUAGCCGCGGACGCUGAGCCACUGGACUUAGAGAAGAUCAUGACCAAGAAAACGGGCAUGCACCUCCGCUACCAAUUCCAGGAUGGGAGUUCCGUGAUGUCCUGCAAGAUUUUCUUUUAUGAACAAUUCGAGGCAUUCCGUCGUCGCUGCGGCUGUGGAGAUGAGAACUUCAUCCAGAGUCUCUCGAGAUGUGUCAAGUGGGAUUCCACGGGCGGUAAAAGCGGAAGUGCUUUCCUCAAGACAUUGGACGAUCGCUUUGUUAUCAAGGAGCUUUCGCAUGCGGAGAUUGAUGCAUUUGUGAAGUUUGCGCCCAGUUAUUUUGAAUACAUGGGACAGGCUCUGUUCCAUGAACUUCCAACCGCUCUCGCAAAGAUAUUUGGGUUCUUCCAAAUCCAAAUAAGAAAUUCGGCCACUGGAAAGAGCUUUAAAAUGGAUGUGAUUAUCAUGGAGAAUUUAUUCUACGACAAGAAGACCACAAGAAUAUUCGAUCUAAAGGGCACUAUGCGGAAUCGUCAUGUAGAACAGACUGGUAAGGAAAAUGAGGUGCUUUUGGAUGAGAACAUGGUAGAGUAUAUCUACGAAUCUCCAAUAUUUGUGAGAGAAUAUGAUAAGCGCUUGCUCCGCGCCUCUCUCUGGAAUGAUACGUUAUUCUUGGCUAAAAUGAACGUUAUGGACUAUUCCUUAGUCAUUGGUGUCGAUAAUGAGAAUCAUAAUCUCACUGUUGGUAUCAUUGAUUGCAUUCGCACAUUUACCUGGGAUAAGAAACUUGAAAGCUGGGUCAAAGAAAAGGGGCUCGUUGGAGGAAGUACCAAAGAGCCAACUGUCGUAACACCAAGACAGUACAAAAAUCGGUUUAGGGAGGCUAUGGAGCGUUACAUUUUAAUGGUACCUGAUCCUUGGUACCAAGAACCACACAAAUAG